CGGCUUCCCGUCGCCCACACUUCCUCCCGCGGCGGCCGUCUCGGUGGGCGGGAUGGCGGCGGCCCCGGGUAGCGGAAGCGCCUCUGCGCCCCGGCUGCAUCUGUUCCUGCUUUUUCUGCUGCUGUGGACCCCGGCCGGGGUCCGGGCUGUCCCCGACGAAGACCUGAGCCACCGGAACAAGGAACCGCCGGCGCCUGCUCAGCAGCUGCAGCCCCAGCCCGUAGCCGUGCAGGGUCCGGAGCCUGCGCGGGCCGAGAAAGGACUCACACCAGCUGUCCCAGUUCAUACCCAUAAAGAAGAUGAAGCUACCCAAACUAAUUUGGGAUUUAUCCAUGCAUUUGUCGCUGCCAUAUCAGUUAUUAUUGUAUCCGAACUGGGUGAUAAGACAUUUUUUAUAGCAGCCAUUAUGGCAAUGCGCUAUAAUCGUUUGACGGUGUUGGCUGGUGCUAUGCUUGCCUUGGGCUUAAUGACGUGCUUGUCAGUUUUGUUUGGCUAUGCCACCACAGUCAUCCCCAGGGUGUAUACCUACUAUGUUUCAACUGCAUUAUUUGCCAUUUUUGGCAUUCGAAUGCUUCGGGAAGGCUUAAAGAUGAGUCCAGAUGAAGGUCAAGAGGAAUUGGAAGAAGUUCAAGCGGAAUUAAAGAAAAAAGAUGAAGAAUUUCAACGAACCAAACUCUUAAAUGGACCAGGAGAUGUUGAAACGGGUACAAGCACGAUACCUCAGAAAAAGUGGCUGCAUUUUAUUUCACCAAUCUUUGUUCAAGCUCUUACAUUAACAUUCUUAGCAGAGUGGGGUGAUCGCUCUCAACUAACUACAAUUGUUUUGGCAGCUAGAGAGGACCCCUAUGGUGUAGCUGUGGGAGGGACAGUGGGACACUGCUUAUGCACUGGACUGGCUGUAAUUGGAGGAAGAAUGAUAGCACAAAAAAUCUCUGUCAGAACUGUGACGAUCAUAGGAGGCAUCGUAUUUUUGGCGUUUGCAUUUUCUGCACUAUUUAUAAGUCCCGAUUCUGGUUUUUAACAAGUUCUUUAUUCAUCUGUAUUUAGUUUAAGAUAGGUAACUCUUGUGUUUAUGUACAUAGUGUACAUUGAAACUAAAGGUGAUGGGAAAUACUGUAUUUUGUAGCAAUGAGUUAUGAUGUCCAAAACAAAUAAUCAUUGAUUCUAUUUGCAACAUGGAUUUUUAAAAGAAACCUGACGUCUAAGUGUGUAUUUUUCUUUUCUCCAGCAUUAAUUAUGUUAAUAUGGUCUCCUUUUUGAGGACUUUUUUUUGGCUUUUGGGGAGGAUAGUAUAUGCAGAACCAUUGUGCAGUGGGGUCUACCAUUUGAUUUCCUUUCUCAGCACUGACCACUUUAUAAGGAAUAUACUUUUUUUUUCCUGGAUAUCCAAGGUGCUUUCAGAAUUUUUCCUGGGGAAAGAAUGAAUUAAUUUCUGUCUUUUAAAGUAUUCUUCCAAGUCAGUAACAGUAGCUUACUCCUACAUCUUUUCAAAAUUAGGUUUAAAAAAUAAAUAAAUAAAAGAGCAACAGAAGUAAGUAUAUUAGCCAGCUCUUCCACAGGUUCCACAUCCUAGGAUUCAACCAACCACAGAUCAAAAAUACUUGAAAAAAAUGUUAUUGUUGCUGAUGUAUAUACUCUGUAGUUAGGCCUACAAUGGAUGGUUGUGUCUGUACUAAAUAUUUACAGACUUGGCCUGUCAUUAUUCCCUAAAUGUAGUAUAGCAACAACUAUUUACAUAGCAUUUAUAUUGUAUGAGGUAUUAUAAUGUAGAAAUGACCUAAUGUAGAAGUGAGUAGGUUAUAUGAAAAUACUCCAUCGUUUUAUUUGAGACUUGAAAGUCCUUGGACUGGGGAGAGAGUCCUGUAACCAGUCCUCCUUAAACACCAAAGGACAUCUGUACUGUUAUAUCAAUAAUAUGACAAGAAUUGUUUGCCAGGCCAUCCUUCCUCUUUUUUAAAAAAUUGGGUAGGAAACCCAAUAUAAGAGAGUCAAUAUUUGACAAUGUGGAAUUACCAAAUUAAAGGAGAAUACUAUGAGUGUAUUCAUAUUUUUUCUAUAUUGAAUAAACAAUGUAAUAGAUAAAAUGUAAAUAAA